AUGAUAGAAUAUGAACUGGUACCUAUAUCUUCUAUCAGUUCAUUUAAAAAUUUGAUUGGGGCUUUAAGGUGUGCGAGAAAAAAUGUUCAUCAAAUUUGGGAUAAUUCUAGAGGUAGUGGAGUUGAAGCAUGUUAUUUAGCAAUGAGUGAAAAACGUUACAGAUUUUUAGUUAGAUGCAUCCGUUUUGAUGACAUAAAUAAUAGAAAUGAAAGAAGAGAAAUCGACAAAUUAGCACCUAUAAGAGAAGUAUUUGAAUAUUUUAUUGCGAAUUUUCAAAAUAAUUUUAUAGCAAGUGAAUAUCUAACAGUUGAUGAACAAUUAUUAGCGUUUCGAGGUCGUUGUUCAUUCAAACAAUACAUUCCUAGCAAACCGGCCAAGUAUGGAUUAAAAAUGUUUGCGUUAGUUAAUGCCAAAACAGCUUAUACAUUUAAUCUUGAAGCUUAUGUAGGUACUCAACCUGAAGGGCCAUAUAAAUGUAAAAAUUCUGGUGAAGAUAUUGUUUUUAGACUUGUACAACCAGUAGAAGGAAGUAACAGAAAUAUUACAGCUGAUAACUGGUUCACAAGUUUUCCACUAAUCCACUUUCUUUAA